UCUACUUUCAAAGAGUAUAUUCCAAAGUAGAUAAUACAAAUAGAACUCAUGAUGAUGUCUGAUCUUCCAAAAGAUUUGGUAGAGGAGAUACUUUCUAGACUUCCGGCUACAACAUUGAAACGAUUACGAUCAACUUGCAAACUGUGGAACUCUUUAUUCAAAGAUGAGGGAUUCGCCAGAAAACACUUUGAAAAAGCAGCAAGACAAGAUUUGGUUGUCAUGUUGAAAGACUCUAGGGCCCAUUCAGUCAGCGUUAACCUCCGUGGAAUUCACAACAAUAACUUUGAUCCAUGCAUAAAGGACAUAGGUGAACUUAGCCUAAGUCAAGUCGAUAUAAAUAAAAUGGUUCAUUGCAAUGGUUUAUUGUUCUGCAUCACGAAGGACAACAUACCCAUGGUUUGGAAUCCUUGCACAGGGGAAACCAAGUGGGUGGAACCGAGAAGAGUAUACGACAAAUCUGAUAGAUUUGCUUUCGGAUACGAAUACAAGAAAUCAUGCUAUAACUACAAAAUGUUAAGGAUCCAAGAUGCACAUGGCAUAGAAAUCUAUGAGUUUAACUCAAAUUCAUGGAGGGUUCUUGAUGUCACAUGUGACUGGUGCAUAAUAACGCAUGCAGUUUCCCUGGAAGGUAAUGCUUAUUGGUUUGCUUCAGAAUAUAAAAAAGGAACAGAGCACAAUACUUGUUUAGUAAGUUUUGAUUUUUCAAAAGAGAUAUUUGAAGCCAUGGACGUUCCAUUUCAGUUUAUGAAUGGUUCGGAUAUUGUGGCUCUAUCUGUUACUAGAGAAAAUAAACUUGCGGUGCUAAUGCAGCGCUGGGCAUUAGAGAUGGAGAUAUGGGUCAGAGAUAAAAUUGAACCCAAUGCUGUAUCGUGGAACCAGUUUGUAGAAGUGGACAUGGGGUUAAAACUUCCAGCAGGUACUGAUAAUAUGUUUUCGUUUAAGACGACUUUUUCCAUCGAUGAAGAUUAUAAAGUCGCUCUGGUGUGGCAUACAGACCAUGAUACAGACGCAGAGUCAAGGAAGUGGAUCGAGGAUAUAAAGAUAUUCAUUAUUGGAGAAGAUAUAUACAGAGAAAUAGUAAUUGGGAAAAUUGAUUAUCGAUAUAGUUACCCGCUUAUGUACAAUUAUGUUCCAAGUUUGGUUCAAAUCUAGUAAUUUGGAGGCAACAAAUAAAUAUCGGGUGUUUAGUCACAGUUAAAGAAACUAAUCAUCCUCUUACAUCUCUUGUGUUUUUCUUUGUUCGUGUCUAUUGAAUAAGUACGUAGUAUGAAUAUUAGUCUUAUUUAUUUUGUAUAUUUAGCUCCUUCAUUGCAUCAUGUAAACUUAUGAACUCCGUAGUAAAUAACUAAAUAUGAUUUGUGAGCCAUCCAAAUUUGAAAUUAUAAUAACAGUAUUUCUGCUCAUUCCUCAUCUUACAAGCUUCAUAUAUAGACUCGUGUAAA